CGAUAGGCGAUACCCCGCCGAUUGAUGUUGUUUAUCUCCUUUCAACGCACGUGCACUGUAGUUUUUGAGAAAUAUCUUAAAUAAUUUGAGCAGUUAGCUAAUCCAAGAUGCCGCCCAUUGCCCAGGAGGGCAAUUGCCUGAUUUACCGCGGCAGCAACUUUCUCAAGCAGCGGCUAAUCCUCGCCUGCCUUUCUGGCAAACCGGUAAAGAUCACCCAAAUCCGCUCGGAGGACGAGACAGCGCCCGGUUUGCGGGAAUACGAGAUAAGUCUGAUACGCCUGCUGGACAAGAUCACGAAUGGAACAAAGAUCGAGCUGAAUCCCGCCGGCACAAGUGUCAUGUUCUCGCCGGGAUUACUGCACGGCGGUCAGGUUCAACACGACUGCUGUGUUCAGCGUGGAAUUGGCUACUACUUGGACGCCCUGAUUGCCUUGGGUCCGUUCUGUAAGAAUCCCCUACAGUGCAGCCUGCGCGGCGUGACCAACAGCAAGGACUCGCCGUCAGUGGAUCACAUCAAGGGUGCUGCGCUAUCGCUGCUCAAGCGUUUCCUCCUCGUCGACGAGGGCCUCGAACUGAAGGUGAUUCGCCGUGGAGCCGCUCCUCUGGGUGGCGGGGAGAUCUCCUUCCGCUGCCCGGUGAGAAAGAGCUUGCGAGCCAUCCAGUUCCAGUCGCAGGGGAUGGUAAAACGCAUUCGUGGCACCGUUUAUGCCUGCAAAGUGUCGCCCGCAUUGGCCAAUCGAACUGUGGAGGCGGCCAAGGGUUGUAUGCUUAAAUUCCUGCCCGAUGUCUAUAUCUACACCGAUCAGAACAAGGGCAAGCUGUCUGGUAAUUCACCCGGCUUCGGCAUCUGUCUGAUUGCGGAAACCACGGACGGCGUUUGCUUCGCCGCCGAUUGUUGUUCCAACACAAGGGAGGAGUCAGACACCCCUUCCAUACCCGAGGAUCUGGGCCAGGAGGUCGCCAUGCGUUUACUGGACGAGAUUUACCGCGGUGGCUGCGUGGACUCCAGUUACCAAUGGCUGGCUGCACUUUACAUAGCAUUGGGACAAAAGCAUGUCUCCAAAUUCCUCACAGGUGCCCUGUCGACCUACACGGUUCACUUUCUGCAACACCUGCGCGACUUUUUCUCGAUUACCUUCAAGCUGGAGAAUCCCGAAGCGGAGGACGAGGACGAGGCGGAGGAUGUGCGGGGAGCCCAGAAGGUCCUUAUGGCCUGUGUCGGGAUUGGCUACACAAAUAUUAACAAGCGUGUUACAUAAACUGUUUUCUAGACUUAAAUUUGUAAGAAUAAACUUGUAUUUUUUUUAUGACAAUUUGAA